ACUAUAAUAAUUUAAUUAUAUAAAAGUUAUAAAAUUAAUUAUAUAAAGUUAUUAAAAGAUUGAAAUUUUAACAUAUUCAAAAAUGUCGCAAAAUCAAUAUAAAAAUGUUACACAUUGUAUUUUUGAUAUGGAUGGGUUAUUGCUUAAAAUGAAUAAAAUCUCAAUGGCAAUUAUUAAGAAAUAUGAAGAAUAUAGAUUAAAGUACAUCAUGCAUCUUUAUGGACAGAUACUACUGUCAAUGAAAAGGUUAAAAUAACACUCAUCAUGCAUACAGAACUACUUUACACUGAAGCCUUUAAUCGUAUUAUAAGUUUCUAUGGAAAAGAAUUUACAUGGGAACAUAAAGCAAAAAUUAUGGGUUUUAAAUCUAAGGAAGUUGGACAAGCUUUGAUUGAAAUGUUUUCUUUACCAAUAACAGUAGAAGAAUUUGAAAAUAAGAUAACUAAAAUAUAUCAGGAAUUAUUCCCCUCUGCAAAUCUUAUGCCAGGUGCUGAACAAUUGUUGCAACAUCUAAAAGAAAAUAAUAUUCCAAUAGCAUUAGCUACAAGUUCAAAUAAAGAAAAUUUUGAAUUAAAAACUCAAAGAUGGAAAAAUAUAUUUGAUUUGUUUAAUCAUAAAGUUCUUGGUGGUUCUGAUCCUGAUGUUAUUAAUGGUAAACCAGCACCUGAUAUUUUUUUAAUUGCUGCAAAACGUUUUAUUGACAAUCCUGAUCCGUCAAAGUGUCUUGUGUUUGAGGAUGCUCCAAAUGGUGUAAAAGCUGCAUUUAAUGCUGGGAUGCAAGUUGUUAUGGUUCCGGAUCCAAUGUUACCAAAUCAUUAUAUUGAAAAUCCAACAAUAAUACUAAAUAGUCUUGAAGAAUUUCAACCUGAACUAUUUGGUUUACCACCAUAUAAUAGAUAAUUUGUGUGGAAUAUAUUUCUAAGAGAUAGUAAUAAUACUUAAUGUGUCAUUAAACUAAUUUUCUUAUUAAUAAAUUAAUUAAUAAAUUUUAA